GUGGUGUCAGACUCUCAAGUUUUGAAUGGUCAGCUCCCUUCCUGCUUUGUAACUCAGUUUGACUAUGUCUGCUGCUUCUGCAACCGCUGUAGCAGCCUACAUAUCUAGACUAAACUGUACCAGUCUCACCCACGUACCCGUUUGGAGGAGCCCUUCUUCUCUAAGACCACAGCCGUCUCUUACUCGCAUCUUCUUCAAAAUCCCAUGUGGAUUUUCCCAGCAAAGCUCGGUCCUCACUGGAUUCAGACGUCUUUCCCCUGUUAUGCAAUGGCAGGACUGCACAGUAAAGACGGAAAUUGAUGUGCCUAUUUCAGUUGCAUAUGAUUGUUACUCUGAUCGUGAGGCAAUUCCCCAAUGGAUGCCCUUUAUUUCUACGGUAAAGGUAUUAGAAGACAAGCCUGAUCUAUCACGAUGGUCGCUUAAGUAUAGAGCUUUUGGGCGUGAUAUUGAAUUCUCAUGGCUUGCUCGAAAUAUGCAGCCAACCCGAAAUCAGAAAAUCCACUGGAGAUCUCUGGAAGGUCUUCCUAACAGAGGCGCUGUUCGUUUUUAUCCAAAAGGUUCAUCGUCAUGCAUAGUAGAACUAACCGUCUCUUAUGAAGUUCCUGCAAUUUUGGUUCCAGUGGCAUCAGAAAUGACAAGAAAUGGAGAAUGUCUAAACACUAAAGGAAAUGUACACUUGUUAUGUGGCUUGAUUGCAUCGCAUAAAGAAAUAUAGCAAAUGUUGUUUGUUCGAAGCAGUCCCUCAUUUUGAUUCGUAUGGCAUGUUCCAGGCACUGCAACCUUUUACUGAAAGUUUACUUGCACGCGGCUUGGAAAGGUUUGCAACAUUUGCGAAAAGCUACAAAUCGGACUCAACUGUUUGAUGUUACAUAUGGUAACUGAACUUGUAAACGGGUGAUCAUUUUAAUGUGCAGUGAUUGCCAUAGAUUCAUUUAACAUGGCAAAUUAAUAUUUCCAAUGGAAUCUGAUUUUUCACCAAGGCAAACAAGUGGCUUCAUUUCAUUAAUG